GUCAGUGAUGCGGUAGUUGCUGAUGGCUCAGGGGAACGGGUUAGAUUUGGGAUUUGGUGCUGAUAAAUGUUACGGAUUCGGAUGGGAAUUCAAGCGAAGCAUCAAUCAGUGCACAUCAGAUUCGAUUCAUUCGACGGAGAACCGAAUCCACAUCUCGGGCACAGCGCUUCUGAAUGAUUCUUUGUGCCGAGUCAUGAGUCAUGUACGGACCGGGUACUACAAAUAAAUGGAGCUUACUGGUCUGGAUCGCAGUGUCAGCAGCGUGUGUGUUUCUGUUCUGUGAAUAUGGGAUUUAUUUCCCGGUUAUCGGACGCUGCUCAUGGCCGGAGGUGAAGGAGGACAGCGACCCUGUCCGCGCACUUAUCUUAUCGGAUCCGCAUCUGCUCGGUGCCAUCAGAGGACACUGGUUCGAUAAGCUCAGGAGGGAAUGGCAGAUGGAGAGAGCGUUCCAGACAGCCCUGUGGCUGCUUAGUCCUGAGAUUGUCUUUAUUUUGGGAGAUGUUUUUGAUGAAGGCAAAUGGAGUUCCCCUAAGAACUGGGAAGAUGAUGUUAGACGCUUUAAACAGAUUUUCCGUCACCCCAGCAACACAGAACUUGUGGUACUUAUUGGCAACCACGACAUUGGAUUUCAUCAUGAAAUGAAUCGCUAUAAACUGGAGCGUUUUGAGAAAGAAUUUAAUGUGACAUCAGCGCAGAUACUCGCCAAGAAAGACGUCAAUUUCCUACUAGUAAACAGUGUGGCACUACAUGGAGAUCACUGUCCAAUCUGUCGGAGUGUGGAGGACAAACUGUACAGCAUUGCACAGGACCUUAACUGCUCCAUUCAGAGUCCUCAGUCUGACGCUAUGAAACAUCGCUGCAGAGAAAUGCACAAACAUGCAACAACUCCUCCCAUCAUAUUGCAGCACUAUCCCUUGUAUCGAGCCAGUGAUGGCGAGUGUACUGGUGAAGACGCACCACCACCUAAUGAGCGCUAUCAGCUAUUUCAUGAGCGGUAUGAUGUGCUUUCUCAGGAUGCCUCGAAGAUGCUACUGUGGUGGUUUCAGCCCCGUCUUAUUUUGAGUGGACACACGCACAGUGGAUGCGAGGUUCUACAUGAAAACCGUUUUCCUGAGAUCAGCGUCCCGUCAUUUAGCUGGAGGAACCGGAACAACCCCAGUUUCAUCCUGGGCUCUUUCACGCCAUCCGACUUUGCUCUGUCCAAGUGUUUCCUCCCGGAGGAGAGCAGCGUUAUAGGAGUGUACUGCUGCAGUGCUGUGGUGAUCGGACUAAUAACACUGGGGCACCUGCGUCUGUUUCGGGGGGUGCUGCAUGUUGUGAGCAGCCUUCUGGGAAAGCAUAAGUCUAUGUAAAACCCAGACAUAAUUAUACAGUAUGUGUGUUUAGGCUGGGACUGAUAUAUAGAUGAUAUGAAGGAUGUAGGUGCAAGCAGCAAUAAUAUGGAGAAUCAUCAUCAGCUGCAGCAGCUCAAUGCAUUUAAAAACUGAGCACUGUGCAGUUUAACAAAGCCAUGUUACAUGUACCAAUGUGUAGCUACUGUUUUUAAAUAGAUUUUUUGUAUAAAAGGUCAAGUUAUGCACUUUUUCCUGAACUGUGAAGAGCCAUGUGUGGACAGCUAAUGUUCUGACUGAAGUAAAUGUUGAUCCUUUAUUUUUUAUCAUUUUAUUUAUUUAUUUAUUUAUUUAUUUAUCACAUUUUAAAUAGUUUUUCUCAUAUUGGUUGUGUGAUCUUGAUUCCACAAGCUAGUUUUAUGCAGAGCAUUUUGAAUGAUCCAUUUGAAAAGUGUUGCCUCACAGCAAGAAGGUCCUGGGUUCGAUCCCCAGGUCCUUUCUGUGUGGAGUUUACAUGUUUCUCCCGUGUCUGCGCGGGUUUCCUACGGGUGCUCCGGUUUCCUCCCACAGUCCAAAAACAUGCAGCCAGGGUAAUUGAAGACACUAAAUUGUCGUAUAGGUACCUAGCCGCCAAUCUUCCGGUUGAUAGACCAAAGCUCUACCCACUAGGCUACCACUGUCCCAGAGCAGAGAGGGUUAAGAGCCUUGCUCAAGUGCCCGACAGAGCUGGGAUUCGAACUCUCAACCUUUCAGUUGACAGCCCAAAGCUCUACACCCUUUUGAGAAGGAAGAUUGUUAUUAUAUGUUAUUGGUGGGUUCUGGACACAUCACCAUCCUGGUCGGGAUGAAGCAGGUACUAAGGAUAAAUUAGCAUCGACUCAGAUGUUAUUUUUAAAGAAACAAACCCAACUGUUUGCAUUCUGUUUUCAAUCCAGUGUUCAACCCAGUGUUUUAAAUGUGAAAUAAAACAAAUACAACACGUCA